CCGGAUUCCACUUUCCCGGGGUAAACGGCUUCGUCAUUUGCGGUUAUUCCAACCAAGCACCUCACUGCAGGUCGAAGGGUUGAUCGAACGACACUCUCCUGUCCGUCUAGAUGUAAGGCACGCUUAAUCGGGGUAAAGAGGCUUGGAUCACAGCAAGCUCGACACGCACAUCUACAGUACACACACACAAACAUUCCCACUAACCGGUCAACCUUCACCAUGUCCACCAGGGAAAGAAAACCACACCACAUCGAGGUUCUGGAGGAUGGCAACCAUCGCCAUCUCAUCGAAUCUGAGAAGCCCGCGGGUCUCUUUGAGAAGCUGUGCAACACAUUCACACAUCACACCUCUCGACAAACUUCGAGCGACCCGGUGAUCCAACGAUCCGAGACUUUUGGGGGAGAUGAUGAGCCUGAACCAUUCUCCCACCGGUAUGGGAAAUGCAUCAAAAUCCUGCACUACGGAUCGUCGACCUUCGUGGGAUUGUACGCGAAGAAAUUCCCGAAAUACUCGGGAAAAGAACAACUGUACGCCGUCAAAGUCCGCCACCGAUCCCCGGGAAGAUUUCUAGACGAAUACCGUCGCGCAGCAAUGGGGAUCUCCUCGUUCGUCAAGCAUCCCAACAUCAUCCGUACCAUAGAACACUGCUACAAUGACAAAGGGGAUCUGCAUUCGGUGAUGGAGUACUGCGGCGGCGGCAGUCUGCAGACCCUCCUCCUGCGAACAGGAAAGCUCUCCGCCGUGGAAGCGGAUUGCUUCUUCAAGCAGCUGCUGCGCGGGGUCUCGUGCCUCCAUGACGCGGGAAUCGUGCAUAGACGAUUGCGGGCGGAGAAUGUGCUGCUCACUGUUCAGGGGGCGGUGAAGGUGGCGCAUCUCGAUAGCGCCGAGUGGUUGCCGAAGGACUUGCAACCGUUGCCAAAAGCACAAUCCCCGCUGGAGCAGAUUCCCUACACCGCGCCGGAGGUGCUGCAGGGUCGCGAGCAUGACCCCCGGGCCAGCGAUGUUUGGGCUGUGGGGAUGAUGUAUGCGUUAAUGCGGUUGGGUAUGCUUCUGUGGAAGGUUGCUGGCAACGAGGAUCGGAAUUUCCAGUGGUACUUGCGGACCCGGGAGGACGUGGAAGGGUUUCCUACUAUCGAGGAAUUGGGCAGUGAACACUGCUGCAAUGUCAUCUACGCCAUGCUCGAUCCAAAGCCUGAACGCCGGAUCACAGCAUACGAGGCUCUUCAUUCGGAAUGGAUUCAUGAGAUUGUAGUCUGCGCUGCGGGGGAGGCGGGAGAGUAGAUGUAUGAUCAUAACAAUUUAUUCUCUACAGCUUUAAAAAUCUUUGGAUGUGAAGACAUAGUUCGUACUUCCUUGG